CUUGGAUCAUUUUUCACGGGUUGUUGACACGGGCAGAUUACAGCCGGUUGUGAAAGUGUAUCGCGAUGUAAAAUUAAUCAUAAUUCAUUGCCAGAAAUAAGUAGUGGCUAUUUAGGAACUAGAAUUAAAAGUAAUACAUCGGUUCACGCGUUUAUCAUUAUUGUGCAAGUAUUAUUGUAUAUGAGAGAAUAAAAAAAUUUUUGGGAAUAAGCGUCUGUCACGAAUAUAAGCAAUCUUAACAAAGUCGACAGUUAAGUCUUAUCAUAUUUACCUAGAAUUUGAUAAAACAAUAUUCUUACGAUCGUGUUUGCACAUGUGAGAAAAAAGCCGUGCCACUAGAAAAAAGAAGAUAGAAAACACUGAAAAUACAUCUUAUAAAGGAAAAUGGUUUCGUGCACAUGGUGACACCUCUGAUCAUUAAAAACAUGAUAAAUACAAAAAAUAUAUGAAUGACAAUGGGCUGAAAUACAUCAAAUUGUAAAAUUCAUCACUUUUGUAUACAAGAGGUGCAGGAGAAAUACAUCAUGGCAACAGUGGAAGAAAAGAAACGAGUUGGUGGCUCAAAGGUUUCAGCCAUUGCAAAUAUCUUUCAAUCAAAACCACAAUUGGAUAAUCUAAGCCAUAGAACAAAUAAUAUUCUAUCAGAUGGUUUCAAGGAACCAGCUGUGCCCUUAAAAGAAUCUCCUACACAAGUUACAGUUGUUAGGACUGAGAGUCAUGUAGCCCGUUUUAAUAAUGCACGUGCACUUUUUGAAAAACUUGGGGAGGAGAAUAAACCAAAUAAACCGGUGGACAGGAUUACAAAACCUAGUAAUUUACAUGGUUUGAGAUCACGUUCUAGCUCUGCAAAUUCUGGUUCAGGUUGUACAUCUCCAGCUCGAUCACCACGUCCUAGAUCACCAUCACCUCCAGGAACCAGAGAUCAUUUGAGCAAUUGGAGUGCAAGUGUACCAGCUUUGAAUGCUGAAAGACAUUUUGAAAAUGGUCAUAAUCAUGGUUUGGAUAAUAUACCAGAUAAACAUAAAUCACGAGCAGGAUUUGGGAAAUUUGACAAAAAUUAUGGCAAAGAAAAUCGUUUGGAUGAUCGGCCAGAGAAACCAGAGAAACCAGAGAGGAGAUUAAACUCAAAAGAAUUAAUUGAAAAACAAAAAAAUUGGACUAGUCACUUUUCAAAAACAAGACCAAGUAGAUAUAAUUCAGAUCCAAAUAGAUCUUUGGUUCAAAGUUCUUUAAAUCAGAGUGCAAAUAAAGUGAAUGUUGAAGCUACUUCUGUAGGACAUGUACAAAAUGCUGCAAGUACUGAUAUUGAGUCAAAGAGAUCAUCAGAUAUUUCUGCUAACCCAGCUACAAGAUCUGCAAGCUUUUGUUCUGUUAGAUCGUCAGCCAUAUCACCACCUCCGCCAUUACCACCAACAAGAAACUCUUCUACUUCAAAUGCAAAGAAAGAGAGACCAGCUAGUAUUGCUGCAAUAUCUCCACCAGAUAUUCCUAGUAGUCCAGAAUAUGCUACCAUAAAUAAAUAUUUUGAUACUUCGCCGACUAUACCUGAAUAUGCAGUUGUACAAAAGAAUAUAAAUGUACAAAAUAAACAUUUCCAAAGAAAUCAAGAACAACGGGAAAUUUCAAAAAAUCCUACAGUAGAGAAAACACAAGAUGCGUUCAUCCCAGAAUAUGCAGUAGUGCAAAAGAAUACUGCAGUUAAAUUGCAUUCACGAAAUACAGAUACAUCGAAAAAUACUUCAAUGCAUCAUUCGAGAAAUAGUUCUGAAAGUUGUGCAUUACCUCUUAAAAAUACUCUUGCAAGUUCAAGUAUCGAUAUUUAUUCACAAACAAAAUCACAUAUUUCCUCUUAUGAAAGAAAUUCUGAUAUGUCUAGUCCAACACGAAGUAUGUCAAUAGAAAAUAUUGUUAGUAUGUCAAUGGAAAGUAAAACGAGGAAAGAUAGUGACCUUCUUGAUGCUCCUGAAUAUUUAAAUUAUCCUUCAAAUGUUAUACGUUCGCCACCUAAAACUUCUGAGUGGAGAAAUGAAUGGUUAGCCAAAAACGAUGAAAUUUUAAAGAAAGCAACUGAUUUAAAAUGUGCCAGGGAAGAUACAGAAACAAAAAAUGAAGUUGUAAGACCUGAUCCACGACCAGACUGGGCCAGACCAUGUAUAAAUACUGUGAGGAAGAAAGAUAAUCUGACAGAAGAAAAGAAAAUAGAGUCGUCAAAAUCUCCAGAUCCGGAAUUGAGACCACCUUCUGGAGGUACGGAUAGUGCAUCUUCUAGUAUGAGCUCCCCUAGCUCCCCUUCCAAGGAUAGUAAAGAGGAGAAGGCAGAUAAGGAAAUGUCAGAAAAAUUUCAAGCCGGACGUAACAGUUAUGAUUUGCAACAUGAAGAACAAGAAAAGCCUGCAGCAUAUACAGAAUCCAUUGCUGAAAAGGACAGUUUAGAAAAAAAUUCAAAAUUCAAUGAGUCAGAUACUACGACAGUUAUUCGGCGAUCUCAUGUACGCGUCGAUCUUCAAGCUGCUGGUCUGGGACAACGACCACCAUCCGUUGUUAGUUCAGAUCAAGAAUACCCACCUUUAGAACAUAAGGAUAUACCAAUACCUUCGCCAUAUGUAAAGAAAAUGCAACAAAAUCAAGAAGUUUCUACCCAAAACGAUGAAGAUAAGCCACAAGUAAACACAAAUGUAGAAGAAAAUGCUUUAAUAAAAACUGAUUCAACAAAAAGUUGCCAUAAUAAGAUAUCUCAAGAUAGUAAUCAAGAUCAUGUACGAAUAAAUUCAACGAUUACAGAAGGAAAUCAAAAUGUAGUCUUAGAUAAUAAGUCAAAAUCAAAUAUUGCCAAUGAAAGGCAUACAUUUUCUGAAACAGUAUGUCAGAAAACAGUAUCUAAUGCCAAAAAUGAUCAAAUUAAGAUCUCUGUACGAGAAAAACUAGCAAAAAAUAAAGAAGAAGUAUCUGGAAAACGGUCAAGUUUUGUCGAAGUGGAUAAUAAAGUAGAUCAAAUAGAAAAAGAUUAUUUAAACACAAAUCAAUGCUCAAUAGUUCCAAGUGUUCAGAGUGCUGAUAAUUCACCAGAAAAAUCGAUUAACAAAGAAGCAGAAUUAGAUGAUGCUGCACAUUCAGAAAAUACGCUCAAAUUUAUGUCAAAAACGAAUAAUAAAAAAGAAUUCAUAACAUUAGCAGGAGAUACAGUAUCAUCAUCUAAAUCCAAUUCCCAAACAAUAAGCAAUAUUCUAAAUAGAAGUAUAGAACAAUUAGAUCAACCACAAACAACAUGGGAACAAGAGAAACAAAAAGCUGAACUAGCAAAGUUGAGGUUGCAAGAAAAUACUUCUACGAGUACAGUUCAACAAAUUAAUAUACCUCAAAAUGUAUCACCUGCAAUUGUAGCACAGCAACAUAUAGAAAAGAAACAACUAAAUGAACAUAUUGUAUCUGAAAAUAGUGUUCAUGAUGAUAGUGAUUCCAGUGAUACUAAAACUGUUACAAAUCUGGAACAUACACCAGCAAUGGAUGUGAAACAUGUCAUGGAACAGAAUGAUUCUAAUACUGCUACAGAAAAUCUUUCUAAAGCUAUUACAAAUCAAAUUCCUGUAACACCAGAUACUAUGACAGCUGAUGAAGCAGAAAACCUGCUAAGUUCUCGCAUCCUAGAAAAAAAGAUAAGACAAGGAUCAGCUUUAUUGUCGGAUGAGGAAGCUCAAGAGAUAGCAAGAUUAUUAUCACCAACUACGCAUGCUGAAGUUGUAAGUGAAGAAAAUUCUAUUGAUAAAAAUAGAGAAAUGGACAAAGAGAGGGAAAGGGAUGAUCAAGAUAAUACACCAGAUUGGCUUUCUGAUGUCUUGUCUGCUCCUGAUACCAGUCUUAUAAAUAGCACCACUAAUGAUUAUAGUUUGUCCCAUAGAUCACGUAGCGAUUUAACAAUAGACUCGUUGACGGAGAGUCAAGUGGGUUCUGUAACGGGUAGUGAAAGUGGUUUACUUGGUUCCGUUAAUAGCUUAAACGAUACUUACGAAAUUAAUGAUGAUACAGAAACGGAACAUCAAGAUGAAUAUGUUCCACCGACACCCGGCAAAGUAGUAUUGGUGGAAAAUGGUGUACACUAUUUUGAGGAUGGUCAUUUUUGGAUGGAAGUCGCAGGGAUACCAGAAUCAGAUGACGAAAAAGAUGAUUAUCCAACAAAUAUACCAAUUAAAAAAAUGUCUAAAGUUUCAUUUGAUACGAAACCAAUGAGAGUUUAUUCAACACAUUCAGUAAAUGAGUACGAUCGACGAAACGAGGAUGUAGAUCCCGUUGCUGCCAGUGCAGAGUAUGAACUUGAGAAGCGAGUUGAAAAAAUGGAGGUAUUUCCAGUGGAACUUAUGAAAGGACCAGAAGGUCUUGGUUUAAGUAUUAUUGGAAUGGGUGUCGGUGCGGAUGCAGGUCUAGAAAAAUUAGGUAUAUUUGUCAAAACAAUCACAGAGAAAGGCGCAGCUGCUCGAGAAGGCAGAAUACAAGUAAACGAUCAAAUCGUUGAAGUAGACGGGAAAUCUCUAGUUGGAGUAACACAAGCAUAUGCAGCUAGUGUCCUUCGUAAUACUUCAGGUCUUGUACGUUUUGUAAUUGGUAGAGAACGUGAUCCAAAUUCAGAAGUAGCUAUGUUAAUUCGACAAAGCCUCCAAGCAGAUAAAGAAAGAGAACAACAAGCCAAUUCUGCAAGAAAACUUAAUUUUUCGGAUGCUUCACCCGAUAGCCAACGAGGUAGUGAAGACAUUUCUGUUGGAGGAAUGGGAGGAAUACCAGGUUCUCCAGCCAUGUCAUCAUGUUCAGAAGGGGAACCUCCUCAAAGUCCCAUAGAAAAUUAUUUAUCUUCUUCCGGUCGGAGUAGAUCCCCUAUCAUCAGUUCAUCAAUGCCACCACAUACAUCUGCUACAACACAAAACGAUGUUGACAGUUUAAGACUGCUUUUACAAGAGAGUCAGUAUAAACUAGCAUUAGCAGAUGGAGAGGUGGAAAAACUCAAAGCUAAGCUUGUAGACUUAGAAAACAGUGGAGCCGGCAGUGAAGAAUAUGCAGCAAAAUUGCGUGAAUCUGGUUUACGACUUCAUGAAUCUGAAAGAGCCUUGGGUACUGCUAGACAGGAUUUAAUAGCGGCACGAGAAAUGCUUUCUCAGGCAACAGCACAAAAUGCUGCUUUACAACAAAAAUAUGCCCGAGCUAGGAGAGCAGCUCGCGAAUUACGCACAGAUAUUGCUGCUAGAGAUGAAUUUUACCAACAGUUACUACAAGAGAAAGAUACGGAGUAUAACGCUCUUGUUAAAAGUUUGAAAGAUAGGGUAAUCACAUUGGAAGUAGAAUUAACAGAAACACAAAGAAGGUUUGGUUUACCAGUGAGAUUGCCUUAUGAUGGAACUACGGCUAGGAUUGUUACGCCACAGUUAUCGCGACGUCAAUUACCUCCUCCUCCCUCAUCAACUAGUUGUCAACUUUCAGAUACUGAAACAUCAGAUUUGAGUAGUCCGGAUGAUGGUGAUAAAACAGCAACGGUCGAAAGAAAACUACCGCUCCCAUUGCCAGUCAAAGAAGAGUUAGAUCGAGCAGUACCUGCACAUCGACUUCUUGAUAAUUCUGCUGGGAAAAGUAAAGCUGAACUUGCCAGUAGAGGAGGACUUGCAAAUCGACAACUUCCUAAACGUUCUGGUGGCCUUAGCAACAGCAGUUCUGAUUAUGGUUUAGACGAAUCAGGUGACAAUACUGAUGAGGAUUCAUCUUCUAAAUUACUUUCUCAGGACACAAGCAGCAGAUCGCCAAAUGACUUAACAUCAAAGCAAUCAAAUUUGAGUUCCUAUUCCAGUAGUUCUUCAAUUAGUUCAUUGAAAAGUAAACACGUGGAACCUACACAUCCGACAGCAAUUCGACAACAUAGCACUAUUAGUUCACAAGUCAGAGCUAUGACAGAACAAAGUUGGCCACAAUCUCAAAAAAAUCUAACCGGGCCGCCAGCAUCAUUUGCAGAACAGUUAAAACAAGUUUUAGCAGAAAGAGAGAGACGACUUGGUGGAAACGACAUGUCUUCGUCAAGAGAAAGUUCUGGGGAUUUUAGUGACUUAAAUAAUCCACAUUCUAGCGAUCCAGCUUUAGUUACUCAUCAUUUAGUAGAAGAAAUACGACAAGCUGUAAGCGAGGCUAAUCAAAGAGUAAAAAAGGCCACCAUCCCUUCAUCAAAUUUAAUUGGUAGUGGUUCCACACCUUGGCAUCAUCCAGGUAGUUCACCUUCUAGUCUGUCUUCUGGUGGAUCAGUGAGCCCACCUGCUGUUGACCCUAGUCCGUCUAAAACAGAUACGAGUGAAGUUUGGUUGCCUCCUCAUCCAAGCGACUUUGGUUUAGGUGACAAGAAGUCUCACUUUUGGCAGAAUGCACCAGUUACCGAUUGGUCCAAAGAACAAGUUUGUCAGUGGUUAUCAGGAAUUGGUUUGGAACGUUAUGCGCCGCGCUUUUUGGAAACUGGAAUUAAUGGUGGAAACCUUUUACGAUUUGAGUCUCGUGACCUCAAAGCUUUUGGCAUUUGUGGAGAUGAAAAAUCUCAUUUGAAACGCAAAUUGAAAGAACUUAGAGCACAAGCAGAUCGAGAACGCAAGGAGAGGAAAGAAAUAGAACGAAUGCGACGAAAAGCAGAAAAAGCUGCACGAAAAAAAUAGUUUGUGCGUACAUUAAUGUACUUAUGUCCCAUAUAAAAUUCAAUAACUUUGCACAAAAAGUCGGUGACAUAUUCAAAUUUUGUGUACGAUAUUCCAGUGAUCGUAAUUUUCACUUCUUCCGUCUGUAUUUAAUUCUCUAGUACAUAUAAACAGUCACACACACAGUUCUAAAUGUUCUCAAUCGGACUUCUUCAUAUCCGAAAUUUUUAAAUUUUAUUAUUUAUAAAUUUUUUAACUUCAGAUUUUUGCAUUUAUUUAUAACUUUAUAUUCAAGUUGGUUCACAUUCAUGCUGUCCUUAUAGUAUUUGUACUAGCUAUUAUUUAUAAAAUAACAAUAAAUAUAUUUCGAGGAAGAGAAUGUGUAUGAAUGUAAAAGCAUGCCUACUAUGCCAGAUGUAUGCAUGCGAUAUGUAUGUAUAAAAUUCAAGCCAUUUAGAUAAAUUGUAAUAAAAAUUUAAUUAGCUAACAUUUUUUUUAUAAUUGUAAGUAUAGUUUUGUAGAGAAACAUAAGUUUCAUGUUACUAGAAUAUAUCGUUUCUGUAUUUAUUUUUACUAUCAAUUGUGUAACAACUUUUCAUAAUGAAUAAUAUAAAUAUUAGUAAAAUAGAGUCCUAGAGUGUAACUAUUGUUAGAAGAGAAGUGACUGUCCUUUACUAUAUGUACAUCAUGAAAUAUCAACGAAUUUGUAAUUGCCAAUACAGUAUGUGUUACUGUGUUAAAUUCCACUGUAGAUUGAUCAAAUCAUAAAAUAAUUUCAUUUAUCUAUAUUUAUUCCGUCUAAAUUUGCUCAGUUUAUAUUUUACAUAAUUAGCAAAUUCUCUCAAAUUAGCAAAUCGAAUGAAGUGUUAAUGAAUUUCUAUCAUGCUAGCAUAUUUGUAUUAAAACUUUUCUUCCUUUUAAUCGUAACAACGUUUGUAUUAUUGUAUUUAAUCUGUGAAUUAUGCACUAGAGAUCCGCACAACGUCCAUCUUAUUAAUUCUUAAAUUAUGUGAUGAAUUUCUUUAGCGUUUUAUAUACUUCAGACAUUCCACAUAUGCGAUACUUUAUAAUUUUACCUUUAUCAACAUAUAUAAGUAAAAAGAAACCACAGGAGCUCUUAUACUUUGGGCGACGUCCCUAUGUAUGCGUGAAUGUUGUACGGAUACAUUAGGUAUUAAGUAAUAUAUGUUAAUACUAAACUAGUAUCCUAACAAAAGUUCAUUCUAAAUGUUUGUUCAAAUGAUUACGGGACUCGCUUGGGUACAAUAUAGACAAACGUACUUUAUUGUACGUAUACCUAUUUAUAAUAGCAUUAAGUUUUGUACAGUGUUAAGUACUUUGUUCCACCUUUAUACCAUUCUUAAUGUACAAUGUUUUUCUUUUGAAAAAGAAUAAUUUCUUUUACAUAAAACAAUUAAACGAACAAAGUAUUUAGCAUUGAUACAUAUACUGUACAUAUUAUGCAGUGAACGAUCACUAAUACUGUAAUCUACAAAAAUGAUUAUGAUAUAAGGCGUGUAAGAGGCAUAACCGUAGUGUCAUAAUAUCUUUAUAAAAAAUAGUCUUUAAUUUCCUAACUUAAGCGUUUAUCAAAGGUCCUCCAUUUUCUAAUAAUAUUAUGUAUCACAAUAUUUCAAAAGCAAUUAUUAUUACUUUUGUCGUUAUGUACAACGAAAUGUGGGAACUCGUUAAAAGUAUCAAUACAUAUAACAUUCUUGCGUCUCAGGGUAAUCAUUAAUAUGUUUCGAGAUAUAAGUGUGUUUAAUGAAUUAAAAAUUUUCAUGAAUUGGAACGUCCUGCAAUUCGUUUUUAAAUAACUAUUGUGAUUUGGUAGGAGCAGAUGUUUGAUAAAAACCGACUGAUUUACAAUAAGUUUUUAUAGUUGAUUUUCGAGCAAUGGCUUAGGUAUGACGUAAUGAAAUGCCAUUUGUCCAAAAGUAAUUGUAGAACCAAAACUUGUACUCCUCUAUAGAGCUAUAUAAUAUCUGAAUGUUUUCAUACAUUUUCGAUAAUUUUCAAGUAUUGCUCAUAAGAGAGAAAAUUAUAGUUCCAUGGAUAAAGACACAGAAUGUCAGUUGCAUACAUGGCAACUUUUUAAUAAUGUCUAUAAAAAGUAUUGUCAACAAAUACUCUUAAACGUUUUAAUUAAAAAUAAUUCAUACUAUA